AUGACCAACAUGGACGAACUUGGAGAGAGUGAAAAGGCAGUGAUUCUUAGUGAGGAAGACCUUAGGGAACGAGGAGUAAAUGCUGCACACCAACAAAAGAUUUCUCUUCCAAAAACGGUGCCCAGAAAGCUCAGAUUCACUGAUGAGAAGGUAGAAAAAUAUGAUGAUGAAGUAGUAGUCAGAGAUAAUAAUAUUGCAUCACACGAGCAGAAGGGUUCCCUUGCCGCAGCAGGGAAGCAGCACAAUAGAAACCAAAACAUGGUACUUGGGAGCAAGGGAACAAGACAAGAAUGGACGGAAAUAAGGAGUGAUGACUCUUCACAAUACUUUACUAUGGAUUAUGCUCGAGUUAGAAGACGACGUCCUAUACAUAACAAGAAAUUGCCGGUUGGUCCAUAA